AUGGCAAUCUUUGAUUCCCGGUCGGUUCGGACAGAAAGUGAUCCAGUCAGCAAAUGGGCUGUCCGGACGAAGUCGUCCCGCUUCCAAACCCAGCCCGAGGGCCAGACCGACUGUGGCGCCAACCAGGUCCUGGGUACAGACUGGACAGCCGACAGCGUCCGUCCAGUCCCAGUAGGCCAGCGCAAAAUCGUCGCCAUCCCGGCGGGCCACUGGGUCGGCAGAUUCGCGGGUGGCCAGUCGGCCGAGCUCGGCUUCGAAAAGUGUGAGGAAUGCGCGAUGCCAAGUCAGAAAACCUGGACCCUGAAGUGGGAUUCCGAGAGGGAAGAAGAGCACGAAGCAAAGUAG